AUUUGUGCUCACGACAUUUGAACGUCAUUUUUUUUGUUAUUUCAAUUAGAAUUAGAUUUGAUUUGAUUUUCAUCAUUAUCACUAAAUCAUGACCACAGCAGCUCGACCAACAUUUGAACCAGCCAAAGGUGGUUCUGGUCGUGGAGAAAAAAGUCUUAGCUCUUUAUCGAAACAUUAUUCAUCAAGAGAUUUACCAUCUCAUCUUAAAUUGAAAUACAGACAACAUGGACAAAAUACAGCUGAUGAUGUGAAAACAAAAGAUUUUCGUAAAGAACUUGAAGAACGUGAACGUUUAGCACAAUUAGAAAAGGAUGGAAAACGUGGCCACAAUUCUAAACAACAGCAGUCAUCGUCGUCUUCAAGUCAUUCUUUAACACAAUCGAAUAAAAAACCUCGUAUCGAAUAUCAACGAACGGCGAAUAAUUUAUCACAAUUAGAUGCUGAUGAAAAAUUAGAUGACGACGACGAUGAUGAUGAUGGUGGUGGUGGUGGCGGUAAUAAUAAUGACGAUGUAAAUUCGGAUUCAGAUGAAGAUUCCGAAGAUGAUACUCAGGCAUUAUUAGCCGAAUUAAAUCGUAUUAAACGUGAACGUGCCGCCGAAGAAGCUAAACGUGAAGAAGAACAACGAAAUUAUGAGAAUAAAAUACGUAUGGAGAAUAUAUUAUCGGGAAAUCCAUUAUUAAAUGCUGGUAAAUCAACAAAUUUCAAAGUGAAAAGACGUUGGGAUGAUGAUGUUGUAUUCAAAAAUUGUGCUAAAGAUGAUUUAAAAGAUAAAGAUAAAUCAUUCAUCAACGAUACAUUACGUUCGGAUUUUCAUAAAAAAUUUAUGGAAAAAUACAUUAAAUAAGCUACAGCUACUAUGUACGUAUUUCAUUGAAUGGACCAUUCAUUUUAAUUUAAAAAUAAAAAGAAAUUUAUUUACGACAAACAAAAAAAA